CAUUAGUUGACCAGUCAAAAAUCUCUCUUGUGACCAUUACUGCUACAUACAAAAACAAAUGUGAAAAAAAUACCAAUAAUAAAUCUUUUACUAUUUCUUUUUUAUAUACCAUUUUUAGCAGAACUUACCUUAGAGUUAAGAGCAAUAAGAGUACAGUUGAGAUGAUGAUAAUAAUAAUAAUAAUGUGGAUUGGAUAAUAACAAAAAUGUACCCGCCAGAACCGCAUCGCACUUAUAGUAAUAGAACAUUAUUAUUAUUAUUUAAAUUAUCAGCCAGGCCAUGAAAGAUGCUAAGAUUCGCUCUGCUAUCAGCAGCUGCAGCUUGGUUAACAUCUUCAAUUAUUAAAAUUGAUAAUCCUACCUAUUUAUAGCCGUGAGGAUUACUGAUCACCGGCCGCCAGUACAUUACUUUGCCAUAGCACAUUGAGCAGCUUAAUUAAUUAUAUCGAAACUAAUAGCUACAGCCAUGCAUAUUGCUAAUAUUAUGUCAUCAUCUUCUUCUUCACUAUCAUCCUUUGAUCCAUCAGCUGCUGCUGCUGCUAAGGCUGCAGCCAGAAAGGCAACCGGCGGCUGCGCAGUUGAUCGGGUCUCAUCGGUAACCUACCCUAGCACAGUAUGGGGCCAUGGCUCCUUCGACAAAGUUGAUCUGUCUCUCCAGGCAAAACAAAAACACCCACAAUAUGAAGUUCUAAAGGAAGAGGUGAGACAGAUGGUAACAUAUGAAGGAAAAACUGGAAAUGAUGAGGCAACGAUUGCCUACAAGCUGCGUGUUAUAGAUGCAGUCCAACAAUUAGGCGUUGGAUAUCACUUUGAAAAAGAGAUCGAAGAAGCACUAGAAAAAGUGCAUGAUUUGGGUGAGGACUCAUCAUUCAUCAAUAUUGAUGAGGAAGGUACUGAUCUCUACCAUAAGGCUCUUCGAUUUCGACUUCUCAGACAACAAGGAUUUCCUGUUUCACAAGAUGGAUUUAGAAAGUUGAAGAACAGUGAAGGGAAAUUCAAGGAAUGGUUGGCGAGGGAUGAGCAAGGACUGUUGAGCUUGUACGAGGCAUCACAUAUUGCAUUCAAUGGAGAAGACAUAUUGGAUGAAGCUCUAAGUUUUACCACGAAGAGCCUUAAAUCAAUGCUUGAACACAAUAAGAUCAACCCUUCAUUCCAUAAGCAAAUCGACUUUGCCCUACGAAUUCCCGCUUGGAAAUGUGUCCCAAGGUCACUUGCUAGGCACUCCAUAGAUAAUUUCUAUUUAGAGGACUCUACCCAAAAUCAAAAGCUUCUCAAGUUUGCAAAGUUGGACUUCAACAUGGUCCAAAAGCUCCAUCAAGAGGAGCUCUACGAGCUCUCUGAAUGGUGGAGUAGUCUUGACGUGCCGAGAAACUUUCCGUAUGCAAGAGACAGAGUUGUGGAGUGCUAUUACUGGAUCAUUUGUAUGUACUUUGAGCCCAAAUAUCGGUUUCCAAGAAUUAUAGCCACCAAGAUCAUGGCAGUGUUGUCAAUCCUGGACGACACUUACGAUAACUUGGCUACAUAUGAAGAGGCUCGAGCCCUAACCGAAGCUUUUGAAAGGAUGGAUGUUUGUGCUCUUGAAGAACUACCUGAGAGGGUGAAGAAUAUUUACCAUGCCUUCUUUACUCUAUACGACGAAGUUGAGCGGGAAAUUGGAAAAAUAGGGCCCACUUUUGCGAUGGAUUACAAUAGGGAACAGCUCAAGAAACUUUGCCGGUCCUACUUGGGAGAGGUUCGUUUGCGCAGUGAAGGCCGCGUUCCGACGUUGGACGAGUACGUGGCGGAAGGAUAUGUGACGUGCGGAAUGGCCAAAUGCACCGCAAUUGCUUUCAUUGGCAUGGGAGCGGAGAUCGCCACCAGGGAGGCUUUUGAAUGGCUAGCAAAUGACUCUAAACUGAUGAGAGCCAGCUCUGUCAUUGUCAGGCUUCAAAAUGACAUUUGCACUCACAAAUUUGAACACCAGAGGAAUCAUGUCGCUUCCUCUGUCGAAUGCUAUAUGAAGGAGUAUAGGGUGUCGGAGGAAGAAGCAAUUGAAUGUUUAUGGAAGAGGAUUUCUAACAGUUGGAAAGAUAUUGCUGAAGUGCAUCAGAGACCGACUCCAUUGCCGGUAAUUCUCAUGGACCGUUUCGUCCACUUGACACGUUCUGCCAAUUUGUUUUAUGACACCGAUGAUCGCUACACCAACCCCCACCUUAUCAAGGAUCACCUUACUUCUUUGUUCAUUGAUCCCGUGCCUCUUUGAAGAAAUCAGUAUUGUCGGAAUAAUGGCCUACGUACCGAUGGAUGAAUCAUCACCCUGCUCCUCCCUACUCCUUAUUUUGUUGUUGUUGUUGUUGUUGUGUGGGAUCCGUUGAUGUUUCUUUGUUCGUCUAGCUUUUGUUGCUUUCCUUUUGUGUUUUGUGUGCUUCCUUUCUUCCCUUAACUGCUGUUGAAAUCCUUUAUCCUUUUUUUUAUCAAUAAACAUUGGUUACAUCGUCAAUCUUUCUUCUUCGGAUUAAGUAAUUAAGAUGAAGUUAAUUAGGUGUAAGCAUUAUACAACUUUGUGUAUACGCAAUUUAACAUAUCAAAGGAAGAAAGAUUGACGAUUUCAACAUCGAUCAAUGAUAACUAUUGAGGAAAGAAACGAAACAUAAUAUAAACACAAAAAGAAAGAACCAAAAGCAAGAAGAGCUAGCAACGAGAAACUCCACGCACACACAAUGUGGAUGAUUUCUUCAAAAUGACACCGGAUGAAAUGGACAGUGAAGUGAGGUGAUCCUUCGAAAAGAGAGAAUUGAUGAGGCAAUCACCAUUAUCAUAGAAGAAAUUGAUCAAUCAUACCACGUUGAAGGAUGUCAGAACAGAAGCGUGCAAUCGAUAAUCCAGAUCAAAACGAACAAACACGAAUUUAACGUGGUUCACUAACACAAUGUGUGCUAGCUAAUCCACGGGCAGGGGGACAAAUUUCACUGAUUUGAGGAGAGUACAGGUUACAAACCAAAUUCCAAAUGGACAAACCAAACAAACUAACCUGACUGACCUUACUACAGACUAGGGUGAUGAAGAGUAUUUAUAGAACUCUUCUCCUAAUCCCAAACAGAAAACCAAACACCUUUUCCCAAACAUACAAGGAAAAGGUCAAACAAAGCCCAAACAAAAUAGGCCCAAAACACAAAACAAAACCAAGUCAAAUUCAAGUCAUAUUCUAACAGAGGAGACAAUCUAGCUAUGAGAGUUACUGGGCAAUAUAGUCAGUUGCUGACAGUACUCUUUGUUUAUAUUUUUCCAAAGUUAGAAAUCUCGUUCUAAUAGAAAUUCUAACUAUUUAGUUUCUUUCUCCGAUAAAAUCCCUUAUACUAUCUACCAUGAGUCAAAAAUAGUAGCGAUGGGUAUAAACAGACUAGCAAGCGUCAGAAGGGUCGAAACCCGGUAGAAAUCAUAUAUGAACGAUUUUUGGGUGUAAUAUCUUAACAUUCAUCAUAAAUUUGCAUGAUGAAUGUUUGUAAUUUAAAAAACCUUUAAAACAUGAUCAUAUUAUGAAACUGGAAUAGACACAAUAUUAUUAUUUUCACAUUUAACCUACCUUAAAUGAAUUUCUGGCUGCAAUUUCAAUUAAAUCUGAAAAUUUAAUUUGUGUUUUCAUCCGUUUUGGGCCUGCCUCUUUCCCCAAUCUCUUGAACCACAUUCAGGCCCACUGCUGGCUGCCUACCUGAGAAAGGAGACGCAGCAAAUUAAAUUUAAAGGCCAGCCAACUGCAGCAAAGUCUAAUUACUGAUGACGAGUGUGGCUAAAUUAAAGAAGCUUUGACCAAGCUCCACCAGCCAGAGAGAUCACGUUUAGUAUACUUACAGAUGAUGUACCUUGCUUAGCUACUAGCUUGUCAAUCCCCACAAUUCUUAAUAUUCACAGUUAAUUGGAAAUUAAAGUAUGAUGAGUAUAAACUUCAAAUUCAUGAGUUGUCUUUCAUUUUGAAGACACCGAGAAGAAAGAAAAGAUGGUAGGAUAAAUUGCCACACCAGACCAUCACUUCUCAUAUUUCUGUCAUUUUGCUUUCUAAUGAGUGUCAAUUUUGCCUGCAAACAUCGCACUAUUAUAGAUGGACGCUUUAUAUAUGGGAAUAGGGCUUUCCUAUCCUUCGAUCUCGUCCAAUUAACAACCAUUACUUCUUCCUUCCCAUCAACAUGAUUAGUUUUGACUAAUGAAGUGAACUCAUAUGA